UCUGCCAAGGCGCCAAGCCAAACAGAGCCUAAGACCAUAGUUCUCUACCAGAGUACUGAGUACAGUACCCACGUCCCGCGCGGCGCGCCCAUCUGUUUUUUGCCACAGCCGCCCAGGCCAUUGGCCCCUUCAAGCGUCGACCCCGCCGGCCUCACGCUCCUCACCGGCGACGGACUCAGGACGUCACACGUCAGACUGUCAGAUUUAUCUCAGUAUAUCCGCCAAUUCACCAUCCUCAUUCCUCGACAAGACGCCGUUGCCACUUGCCAGCCCCUCCUCGCCGUCCGGCUGAAUCAUAAGCUUGUGGCUUCCUAUGUCGACAUCUGAGAAUCCAUUGCAGCUUCUCUUCCAAACAUUUGAGAAGGUAUCAAAUUGCAUCCAAACCCAUCUCUCUCAAUUCCUAAGAUUUCCGAACAACCCACACGCCAAGCCGCUCUUUGCUAUCUCUACAGCUCCAAAAGCUAACCACUUGGCUCCAAGACCUGCCGUUUCUGCUCUUCUCCAUCCUGCUGAAGUUCCAAAGAAGGAAAAUUCUGCUGGCCCAGUGACUAAAGAAGAGCUUGGAAGGGCCACUUGGGUUUUUCUUCACACUCUUGCAGCUCAGUACCCAGAGAAGCCAACAAGGCAACAAAAGAAGGAUGUAAAAGAAUUGAUGGCAAUCUUAUCUCGCAUGUACCCUUGCAAGGACUGUGCUGAUCAUUUUAAAGAAAUUCUACGAGCAAAUCCUGUACAAGCCAGAUCUCAAGCUGAGUUUUCCCAAUGGUUGUGUCAUGUGCACAAUGUCGUUAAUAGAAGUUUGGGUAAACUCAAUUUCCCUUGUGAACGGGUUGAUGCACGGUGGGGUAAACUCGACUGUGAGCAGCGUAACUGUGACUUGCAAGGAAGUAACACGCUUUGGUAACGAGACAGGGAGGAAAUGGCGGUGGCUGAAUCUGUUGUGUAUUCAUGUUUUCAAAAGCCUAAUUAGUAGUUUUAUAAAUAACCAUGGCUACAGCUUCAUCCACAGAUUUUCACUUACAAGUUAGUAUCCUUAAAUCUUUUCCCAAACAUAGUAAUUCUACUGGUUUGUAUAAAGUUAGAUGUGUGCUAUUUUUGUUGUAGAUGUUCAUGUAUGGAUAAUUUAGAUUGGUUUAUU